AUGUCGCUGCUCAUAUUUGUUUCAGCUUUUAUGAAUCAGAUGUCACUCCAUAAUAUUAUAACAACAUCUGCACUGGCUAUAACAACCCCAUUAGAACCUGUUAGCACCGUAGUUGCUACAACAUCUGAGGACCAAAACACAUCCUCAGAACCUGUUAGCGUCAUAGUAGCUACUACAUUUGAGGUCCAAAGCACAACCUUAAAACCUGUUAGCACCGUAGUUGCUUCAACAUCUGAGGACCAAAACACAUUCUCAGAACCUGUUAGCAUCAUAGUAUCUACAACGGCUGAGGACCAAAACACAACCCCAGAUCCUGUUAGCACGGUAGUAGCUACAAUGUCUGAGGUCCAAAUCACAACCUUAGCACCCUUUAGCACUGUAGUAGCUACAACGUCUGCGGUCCAAAGCACAACCUCAAAACCUGUUAGCACCUUGGUAGUUGCUGCCAUGUCAACUGCACAAACCAUUUUGGCCAGUACGUCAUCUGCUACAACCAGACAAUUAAUAUCAACCAUUGUCCCCACCUUGAACCCCACCCUGGUGUUAUCCGUUCCUCAACCCACCUUGCAGUGUCUGAGAGGGGUUCUCACAGACAGUGGGGCCUGCCUCUGCCCUGAUGAAUGGACCGGAGACAUCUGUAAUAUAAGUAUUUUCUGUCCAGAGGAAACACUAAAUGGUUUCACCUUUCCACUUACUGUGCUUGGUCAGCAAACUAUUUCAACACAGCUACAGCUAUGCCCUCAAGGAACAUUCAAUGCAAGUGUACCAAAGGCGACAGCUACAUGCCUGAAUUCCACACACUCAUUUGGUGAACUGAAAUUAAUAAAUUGUUCCUUGACGUUGGAAAAUCUUAAAGGCAUAGUCAAUGCGAACGACACAUCAAUGAAUGAGAACUGGUUCAUUGCUUCCAGUGUCCAGAUGCUCACAUCCAAACCAGAGCAACUGACCGCUGAAAAUAUCACAUCAGCUGCUAAGAUUGUCUCCAACCUGCUGACCUCCGGUGUGUUGAACAAGACGAUUGCAUUAGCGGCGGUGGCCAGCAUUAGUCAGCUGAUGGAUGCUGCUCAAAGCCAAUACUCUGAAGACUCAUACGCAGCUGUUGAGAAUCUUACUGUGUCUUUGGAGGAAUUUGCUUUGCGCAUGAGUAUGAAUGAUACAAUGUCUGGUAAACUGGUGCAGCCAAACCUGGCAAUAAGUUUUAUUAAAGUGCCGAUGGGGACACCACAAAUAGAAUACUACUCACUGACAGGACCUUCAGAGCCCUUUAGCCCCGACAAAAUAGGUCUGGGUGCAGAGGCUUUAACUGCAUCCUCUUCAGGACAUCCUGCUGAGAUCCAUUUAACUCUCAACCUGCAAAAAGAUGUUCAGAAAAACUGGGAGAACCAUAGUGUAGGUAUUGGAGUGGUGCUGUAUGAAAAUGAUAACUUUUUUAAGGCGAAAAGCUUUACCACGCAAAUAGGCACCAAGAGAAGGGUGGUCUCCGCCAGCCUCACGGACAAAAAAAUGCUUGAUCACGUAAAACUCAUGAUCACGUCCAAGGUAAAUGUUUAA